AUGGGUGCAGUUGAAGUUCUUCGUCCACAAGACGCUUUGCAGAAACAAUUUGAUUAUCGUGACAGUGGUUUUGUUAACUCGCCUAUGAAGUCCAAGAGAAAUUUCUCUUCUAACCCUAACCCUAACCCUAGCCCUAACCCGAAACCCGGCCGUGGAUUUGUGAAGUCGGAUCGGCGGAAGCGCAGCCCGCAGAAGAAGAGUAAUUGUAGCGGAAACGGAAACGGCGGCGUCAGUUUCUCUAGUUUGACGCCGGAGACGAAGGGGAAUUUCAUGGUGGGGCAGGUGAGGAUUUUGAAACGCGGUGAAGGGUUGGGUGAUACGGCGCCGUUGAAGAAGAUUGGGGAGAAAGUUGAAAGAGUGGAGAGCGAGUCGGUGUUCGGAAAACAACCGGAAACGACGCCGAAGAAGUUCAACAUCGCCGAUUUUUAUGCCGGAUCGGCCUGCGAUUCCUCUCCGCCGCCGAGUUCCCUGCCCGUCCCAGGCUUCUUCAAGAAGAAAACCAUCCUGGUUGAGAACAACGACUACGCAACCUGUGAUUUACGCCGUCUUCUGAGGCUCGAUCUUUCUUAA